UCCCUCCUUAGGCUCGCCCUCGGCAGCAAGGGAGCGUUACCUCGCCUCACCCCAAGCACUCCCGCGGGGCGCUGAUCCUGGGGGAAACCCAGCCCCGGGGCCGGGACGCUUAGAGAGCAGCCCACCGAUUCUCGCUGCCGUUGGGGCGGAGGAGAGCCCCGAGUAAGCCUGGCAAAUGGCCAGCCCUCCUCGGGGUCUCGGUCCCGCUUCCUCCCUCCCACGCCGCUCGGCUGCCCUGGUCCCGCUAGCACCGCCCUGCCCCCUGCCCUUGCGGGUCUCUGUGGGGAGGCAGGGGGGCCAGGCCCAAAUUCCCCCUGGGAAGAGAAGAGUGGAAACGGGCAGGGGGAUCUGGGGGAGAGAUUCUUCCCCGCCCCCGCCCCCGCCCCCAAGAAAGAACCAAGAGGGGAAAAAAGGUUGAAUGAGUAAAUGUGUCAGGCUUAGGGACCCAGCGGAAUCCCAGAUCAGGGUUCCCCCCCCAACCUUCCUGCCCGGCCCCCGCUCUCCUCCCUCCCUCCACUGCGAGCAACGCGGGCUCCGGAGGGAGAGAAGGGGCAGGAGAUUUAAAAAAAAAAUCCCGAAAGCAGCCCCUCCUCUCACAAUCCUCCUCCCCGUCUCUUUUCCUCCAUCCCUUCACCUGCCCCAUUUCAGCAGGUAGGGGGCGUCCCACCCCACCCCUGCCCCCCAGGCCGGGGAGGCGGGGCGGGGACCGCGUCGGAGACUCGGGGGACCCCGACCCGGGCCCCGCGGGGCCGGGGGCAUCUAAGCCGGCCCCGGGCCCGCUGGAAGCCGUGGAGCAGAGGCCCGCAGGGACAGCAAUGGUCGCUGUUGACGGUGGCUGAGCCCCCAGCCCCUGGAAUAUGCAGCCCGGGGGGUCCUCCGGGGGCAGCGGCGAGGACGCGGAGGCGGAGCGGGGCCGGAGGCAUGGUCUCCACCUAUCGGGUGGCCGUGCUGGGGGCGCGAGGCGUGGGCAAGAGCGCCAUCGUACGCCAGUUCCUUUACAACGAGUUCAGCGAGGUCUGCGUGCCCACCACCGCCCGCCGCCUCUACCUGCCCGCCGUGGUCAUGAACGGCCACGUGCACGACCUCCAGAUCCUCGACUUCCCGCCCAUCAGCGCCUUCCCUGUCAACACGCUGCAGGAGUGGGCAGAUGCCUGCUGCCGGGGGCUCCGGAGUGUCCACGCCUACAUCUUGGUCUACGACAUCUGCUGCUUUGACAGUUUUGAAUACGUAAAGACCAUCCGGCAGCAGAUCCUGGAAACGAGGGUGAUCGGCACCUCGGAGACGCCCAUCAUCAUCGUGGGGAACAAGCGGGACCUGCAGCGGGGCCGCGUCAUCCCGCGCUGGAACGUGUCGCACCUGGUGCGGAAGACGUGGAAGUGCGGCUACGUGGAGUGCUCGGCCAAGUACAACUGGCACAUCCUCCUGCUGUUCAGCGAGCUGCUCAAGAGUGUGGGCUGCGCGCGCUGCAAGCACGUGCACGCGGCCCUGCGCUUCCAGGGCGCCCUGCGCCGCAACCGCUGCACCAUCAUGUGACCCGCCCCCCCCCCCU